AUGGCGCAGCUACUCAGCUGCAGGGACACCGUGCUGGCCCGGGAAAAGCCUAUAAACUUUGACUUUGUGUGGAAGGCUGGUCAGAAAUACUUUGUCUCCAACAAGGAUAAAGGUUCAUUCUUCAAGGCCGUUAAGUUCUGCUCCCAACAAGGCCUCGAGCUGGCUCUGCCCCAAAGUGAGGAGGAGAACAGCAAACUGAAGCAGCUGUUGGAUGAAGUUGAUAAAAGAGCCUGGAUCAAUGUCAAGAAUAAAAAAGCAGAGGGUAAUUUUGAGGCUGACAUGAACAGUCGACCUCUGACUUUUACCAAAUGGGGAGAAUCACAGCCAGAUAAAUCCAUCCAGGACACUGGCUGCUCCAUGUCAGAUAACGGCAUCUGGCAGGUGACACCUGACUGCUCUCUGAAUGCUUACAUCAUCUGUCAGCUAUAGAAAGCUCCCAUCUGCAAUGCAGUCACUUUUUAUACCUUUGAUUUACUUUAUAUUAAAGACUUCAUUUCAGACUUGUUUAAAGUGGCAUUUAGAAAUUAAA